UCGCCAGUAAUUGUUUCAUUUAAAAUUUUUAACCUUCCUCAACUUUCUGUAAAGACAAGCUAGCACGAUCAUGAUGGAUCCAACAAGUCGCCCAAAUACAUUUGCAGCGCGACCUACAGCUCCGUCUACCACCACUUCAACCUUCACUACUAGCAAACCGUUUUUGCCAACUACAGAAGUAGUAAAACCUGAGGGCAGCAAGGGUGUUGGAGAUGGAAUUCCAGGCUUCACGUCGUCCUUCAACACCUCUGGGAAGAGCGGAGGUGCCAUCCGCCCCAUUGGCGAGAAUUUCUCCGUCAAUCCAGCCAACGGUACACUCUCGUUUAGUCUGCCCAUCAAUACCUCACCAAGCCGAGGUGGGUUCGGGCCUAAUUUGGCUCUUUCGUACGACUCUGGGAGUGGCAAUGGGCCCUUUGGCUUUGGUUGGAGUGUGCAUCUGCCUGCCAUCCAACGCAAGACCAGCGAUGGAGUCCCGACCUAUAGGGUUGGCGAAGACGAAUUUGUAUUUGAAGGCAGUGAACUCGUCCCAUGGAUUGAUGAGAAAGAUGUUGUUGUCAAAAAGAUCGGACAUCAUCAUGUGAUGCGAUAUCGACCUCGUUUUGAAUCUCACACUACACGCAUUGAGAAAUGGACACGUGACAAUGACUCUACAGAUGUACACUGGCGUACCAUAUCAGGAGGCGUCACAUCAAUAUUUGGCCUGGAUGAUAUGUGUCGCAUAGUUGACAGCUCACAGUCUUCAAAAGACAUCUUUUCCUGGCUGCUCUGCCGCUCCUUCGACACUUUCGGAAAUGCAAUCGAAUACGUCUACAAACCAGAGGAUGGUGCUGGGUUGGAAGACAUACCCCCGUGGGAGGCAAACCGGUCGACAAAUGCUAAGUUACGGCAAAGGUAUAUUAAGCGUAUUAAGUAUGGAAAUCGAAAUCCUAAUCGAGACAUGGAGACCUGGGAGCCUACUGAAUGGCCAAGCAAAGACAAUGAUUGGAUGUUUGAGGUUGUAUUUGAUUAUGGAGAACAUCAACUCGCUCACAAUGGAAAGGCGGCUAGUUUUGCUGAAAACCAGACAUGGGAUGUUCGCAAAGAUUGCUUCUCAGCAUCAAACUCAGGGUUUGAAGUGCGCACGUAUCGUCUUUGUCGGCGUGUUCUUAUGUUCCACCGCUUUCAUGAACUUCGGCCCGGGUCAGGGCAGCCAAGCGAGGUUUUGAUUACUUCAACCACAUUUUCGUACAGAGAAAAUGCAUUCGGUUCAUUUCUCACUGAGACUUUCGUGAGUGGUCAUGAACUUUCCGGCAUGACGUACAAGACACAAAGCGUGCCUCCUUGGACAUUUUCCUACAGUCAAUGUCCUGACCCACAGACACUAAAAAGGUUUUCGGCAAGUGCCAUAAAUCUAGUAGACCUUCCAUCAAUUGGCUUGUGGCAGUCUGAGUGGAUUGACCUUGACGGCGAGGGUCUACCUGGUCUCUUGCUGCGGCUUCAAGAUGGCACACUGUCCUACCAGCGGAAUGUCGGUGGAUCGCUUUCCUUUGAUUCAUCUUGCUCAUUUCUGCUUGAUCCUCAGGUGCUAAGGCAGCAGCCAACCCCUGGGUUAGUCAAGGGAAGCAACUUUCUAGAUUUAGACCGAAAUGGACGUCUUAAUCUAGUUUUCAAAGACCCUAAAGGUGUUCCCUGCGGCUUCUAUGAGCGCAUUGCCGAGGAGGAUACGUGGAGCAAAUACUGCGAGUUCCCAGAGACGCCAAAUUGCAAUAUACAGCAGCACCAGCAGCCUGAUUUCGUUGUAUCCAUUGACCUUACUGGUAAUGGGAGCGCUGAUCUUCUCUUCUCAAUAAAUGAUAGUCAGGAUUUAAUGUGGCAGAAAUCAUUGGGAAAGGUCGGCUUCGCGGCCCUAAAAUGCACAUCUACGAAUCUUGAGACUUCAUCCUACUCGCCGAGGUUGACUAACUCGAAUGAAACGAAGACGUACGUUGCUGACAUGACCGGAGAUGGACUUUCCGAUCUUGUUGAAAUCUCCGCAAAUCGGAUCGCAUAUUGGGCAAAUCUCGGACAUGGUCGUUUUGCUUCCAUGGUCGAGAUGGGAAAUCCCCCUAUCCUUGCAUCUCAGGAGAGCUUUGAACAGGAAAGAGUUAAACUUAUCGAUGUAGAUGGAACCGGUACAACAGAUCUUUUAUACAUCUUACCUGGCGGCGGAGCUCAUCUUUACUACAAUUUCUCGGGAAAUCAGUGGAGUGACCGCAUACUGAUUCGAGGCAUCCCCCAACUCUCCUCGCCCUUGAAUGCAUUCGUGUUGGACUUGUUUGGCCAGGGGACAGCGCUGCUAUGCUGGGCAGAUACAACAAUGUCUUCCACUGGGACUGCAGACACGAUUCACUAUUUGGAUCUGAUGGGUGGCCAAAAACCGCAUUUGUUAUCCGGCUAUGCAAACAGUCUUGGCAGUACAACAUCAGUAGUAUAUGCACCAUCUACAAGCUACUUCUUGAAAGAUUGUAGGGAAGGUAAACCUUGGACCACUCGGCUACCCCACCCUGUGCAAUGCAUUGCCUCAGUUGACCACCACGACCAAAUCACGGGUAAUUCGUCUACCGUACGGUACAUGUACCACAAUGGGUACUAUGACUACUUCGAUAAGCAAUUUUCAGGCUUCGAAAUGGUCGAAGAGUGGUACAGUGAGCGCAUCAUAAUAGGACCCAAAGAAGUCUACGAGCCACCUGAAGUGCAUAAAAAGUCUUGGUUUUGUGUGGGCCAGAGCUUGGCCAUCGAUACUCAACACUUCUUCCCACAUUAUGCAGCCCCAAGAGUUGCUUCUUCCAUUUCAACAAUGGGCACCCACGAGAACGAGUUAGAAGGACUUAGAGCACUUAGGGGGACACUAAUGCGCUCCGAGAUGUACGGCUUGGAUGGGUCUCCAAGGCAAACUGUGCCGUACGCAAUUGACGAACAGGCAUAUGAAGUCUCACAGAUCCAGAAAAAGGGUGCUAACAAAUAUGCUGUGUUUCAAAUGUCACCCCGCGAGUCGGUCUCAACACAGCUCGAGCAGAGACUAGAUGAUCCACGCGUUACACAUGAGAUUGUUCUUGAGAUCAAUGACUAUGGCAGUGUCGAGAAGUCACUCCGUGUCGUCUAUCCUCGUCGGACCAAGGCAGCUUCUCUAUCGUCAGAUACAAACCCAGUAUUUUCUGAUGUGGUAGAUAAUCAAUCAAAGGGAAAUGUGUCUUUCUCUCGAUGCUGGUAUACUAAUGCAAUUGACUGGUUUACAGAUCCAACCCACCCCCAAGGAUAUUAUCGUACCCCGUUACCGUGGCGUCAGCAAGAUUGUGAAAUUGUUCACAUGUCACUUCCCCAGCCACACGUUUCUAUCCUUGAAAUCGAUCAAGUCCGUCUUAUCAAUUUUGAGGAAUUCCCUUCAGUUGAUACACUUGGGAAGCUAUAUAAACAGGCUAAAGCCUUACGAUCCGAAACGAAGACUUUCUUUAGAAACUCCGAUUUAUCACAACGAUUGUCUGCUGGCAAGAUAGAGGCGAUGUCACUACUGGACCAGACUUAUCAGUUGGCUUUCACUCCUGAAAUACUAGAGAAGAUCCAAACUGGCCGAUCCACGUGUGGUAUCGUUCGCUCGCCAAAAGAGCUGGCCACAGCCCUCUCCAUCGGUGGAUAUGCUGAUUUAGAUGACGAUGGCUGUUGGUGGGCAGUCUCUGGCCGAGCACUGUUUCAACAACCGUCACAAUCAGAUGUUCCUUCGAGGAGUGAGCUGAUGCUAGCACGUUCUUCGUUCUACACGCCUACAGUUAUGGAGGAUGCUUUCAAGAAUGUAUCAUCCAUCGCACUAGAUACCUACUGGCUCAUGGCAGAAUCGUCGACCGACGCGAUGGGGAACAUUAUGCAUUUCAAAAACGACUACCGUGUACUCCAGCCAAUCAAAAUCACAGAUGCCAACCAAGUUUCUCAGCAACUUGUAUACGAUGAACUGAGUAACUCUAUUACCACAGCCCUAAAGGGACCCACUGGAGACGAAUUAGAUUGCGACAGCUUAGACGACCCGAGUGGCGAUGCAACAAGGCGGCUUCUGGGAAAUUCGAGCAGCCGAACACUAGUCUGUUUAGACCAGUUCAGCAAGUCUCAGUUGCAGAAGAUCAAUGACUCUAACGAAGAGACCAAGAUUACUCCAUCAUUCAGUGUCUCCAUAUCACGGGAUCUCCCCUACCGGCGGAGCUCCUCUCCCAAGCUUAUGGUCGUUGUAUCACACUUGGACGGAGGAGGAAAUGUUGUUCAGACCGCGACUUUGGCUCACCCUGAUGAUCCAAAGAAAAAAUGGCUGAUUAGUGGUAUCUCGGCCCACGACAGCAGCGGAAAUGUUAUUCGAGCUCUUGAAUCAAUCUUCUCCACGUCUCCGGCCUAUUCCUCUGCGGCUACUCCUAACUCUUCGACGCUGGCUCCUGUCAAUACCAAUUUCUUCGAUGCAUGUGGGAGAAGUGUAGGUACCCUGUUUGCCGAGCAUACCUGGACGAAAACAGUCAUUGGGCCUUGGGCAUCGCUCGAGUACAGUACAAAUGAUACACUUCUUUGCCAAUUGCCGCAAGAAGACCCGAAUCUGGGUGUAUACUUUUUGCGUCUUUCUUCGACGAGCUAUCUUCCCAUCUGGGCCGAUUUGCAGCAACAGAGUGUGCUCAGAGGGUCUUCUUCCUCGGCACUCGCGAUUAAAAAGUCAUUAGCAUACGCUGAAGUAUCUGCACCGUCCAUCACACACUAUGGCGCUUGUGGUCUUCCUGUGAGGCACGUUCAGGUGGCAGGGGACAAGACAUACACUCGUUCAUAUGUCUACGACUAUUCCGGUAACCGAAUCCGCGAUUUUGAUAGCAGUAACCGGCUGGUAGAGAAGCGUAUUCAUGACUUCAUGAACAGACCGCUUCAAUCCUCAGGUAUGGACACUGGCGAGAAAUGGGCGAUACCUGACGCGUCCGGCGCCAGCUUCUUUUCUUGGAACAGCAAAGGCAUAUAUUUUGAACUCAAAUACGACUGUCUCCGGCGAGGCAAAGAGAAGCUAAUGACGGACUAUCGACAAAUGCCAACUAAAUCCAUGGUAGUUAUAAAAACUGUAUAUGGAGAUGAUUGUGGUGGUCUGGGACCGGCUUACAGCAAAGGCAAAAUAUGGAAGGUCCUUGAUCAAUCAGGUAUAAACACUAACAUGGAAUUUGACAUUCGUGGGCGCUGUGUGAGGAGCCACUACGAACCAGCGACCGAGUACAAAGUAAUUCUUGACUGGCAAACCGAGCACACCGUUCAGUUAGAAACUGAUGCACAAUUUGUUCAUACAUCAACCUUCAACAACCUAGAUCAAUGCUUGGAAGAGUCUGACUCACAAGGGAACCGCACCAGGCGAGUUCAUAACCUUCUUGGCCAAGUAGAGAGAGUCGACUAUUCCCAUCAUUCUUCAGUUCGCGAACCGAACUGGGUACCCUAUCUCAAAGAGAGCAGCUUCAGAGCGGAUGGUCUACCCGAGAGGAACAGGUAUGGCAACAAUGUUGAAGUCGUGUUCAAAUAUGACGCAAUGUCGAAACACCUUAUUUCCAAGAAAACGACCCGGCCUACAGCAUCUGGAAGCAUAGAAACAUUCCAAGACUUUUCCUAUACAUACGACUGUCGAUCUCGCCAAGUUCAUGUCAAAGACUCUUCUCAACAAGCCAAAUUUUUCUACAACUGCCGCGUCGACCCUGAGUGGGAAUAUACCUAUGACACUGUUGGUCAACUCAUUGAAGCCACUGGGAGGGGGCAAUUGACAACUGAGCAAGGCCAGGCCGUUCAGUUGCAACCCUACAGUGCCAAUACAGGAAAUAAACCACUGAGUAAAAUCACAAAUGGGGACAGGCUCUACAAAUAUCUGGAGACAUACAAGUAUGAUAUUGAUGGAAACAUGCGUUCCAUAACCCAUUCAGCGCCAGAUUCAACGAAGGUUACAGGCUGGACACGUAAAUUUCUGUACAACGAGAGGAGUCUUCUGAGUCCGAGCGAUCAGAAGGUGGCCAACAACCAACUCAGUAAAACAUUCGUCGGUGAAAGGCCUGACAGCGGUGAGAGGUACGCAUAUGACCAGACCGGGUGUAUGACACACCUACCGCAGUACUCACAUCUUCGAUGGGACAUGAACGACAUGUUAGCCGCAUCCUCCACUCAGAAAGUUGAUGAUACCAAAGGAAUUCCAGAGAUGACAUACUACGUGUACGACUCCUUUGGGAACCGUGUGCGAAAGGUGACAGAGUCUGGUGCAUCCAUUGGAUCAACUCCGCGCAAAACAAAAGAAACAUUCUAUCUAUCCGGAUUUGAGCUACAGCGCAAGUACAACAAAAUUAAAAAAACUCGGUAUAUUUGCAAGGUUUCGGGUGGAAGCGAUACACUUGCUCUUAUCGAGACAACUAGCGACAAUGGUGGUAGAGGAGGCACACAGCGGGAAAAUGCACCACUCAUACGUUUCCAAAUCGGCACCGGUAGUGAGUUGGAUGACAAAGGGCAACUCAUAACAUACGAAGAGUACACGCCGUUUGGUAGUCCAAUAUACACGGCUGUAUACAAAGAUGUCAAGGCACCGCGCACCUACCGGUUUGCUCGAUAUGAGCAUGAUCGUGAGACGGGCCUUUAUCACUGCGGAGCAAGGUACUAUGCCUCAUGGCUAGGUCGCUGGACGUCUCCUGACCCUAUGGGGGACGUAGAUGGUCCGAAUCUCUACCAGUACGUG